AUGAAAGUCUAUGCCGAGGUUUCCCUUAAUGGAGAGCCAAACACAAGCAUGCGAACCACCGUGGACACAGCCGGGGAGAGAAACCCUAGAUGGGACUUCCCUCUCAAUUACACAAUCAACAAGGCCUCUCUCCGCAACCCGGGGCUGGAGGUGGUGGUGAAGCUCUAUUGUCAGAGAAUACUGGGAGACAAGUUCAUCGGUGAAGUCAAGAUACCGGUUAAGGGUCUCUUCGACUCCGGGCCAAAGGCUAAAAAUGAGCUGAGCUUUAAUGUGGCCGGGGCUGGGGAUGGGAGGCUCAACAUUUUGUAUAGUUUUGGGAAGACGUUUACGGAGCAGGAGACCUCGGCUUGGAAGAAGGCGCUCAAGGUCGGAUUCGUGGUGAUUGCACAGGGGACGUGGUUUGUGUUGACAGGGCGCAACUUAGAUAUGUGA